GGUGGCGCGGUGUGCGUCGGGAAAGCGGCGGGAGGAUCCGGCCCUCGGCUGUAGCGCGAGCCAUGGUGGGUGGCGAGGCGGCUGCAGCGGUGGAGGAGCUGGUUUCCGGGGUGCGGCAAGCGGCCGACUUCGCCGAGCAGUUCCGCUCCUACUCUGAGAGCGAGAAGCAAUGGAAGGCCCGCAUGGAAUUCAUCUUGCGCCACCUGCCUGAUUACCGCGACCCGCCCGAUGGCGGCGGCCGCCUGGACCAGCUGCUGUCCCUCUCCAUGGUCUGGGCCAACCAUCUUUUCCUGGGCUGCAGUUACAAUAAAGACCUUCUAGACAAGGUGAUGGAAAUGGCUGAUGGUAUUGAAGUGGAAGACCUGCCACAGUUUACUACCAGAAGUGAAUUAAUGAAAAAGCAUCAAAGCUAAGGAGAAGAUGUAUCACAUUUUCAUCAUGGGCCACAGGCUUAGAGAGGAGGCUGGAAUGAAUGUGACAGUGACCACAGCAGCUCUAGACUCCUGGUAGAGGCAGUUGGAAUGAAAAAGGAAUCUGUCUAGAUUGGCUUAUAGAAGUCAUUGUUCUUUCAGUAGCUACCACUGUAAAAGUAUGCAUGGAUAUUUAUGUAUUUAUAAAUCAUGCACUCCAAGAUGAUUUCGUCAACAUCAUAUAAGCCUUUGUUCAAGAUGUCCUUUUUUUGUAAAUGUUGUAAUAGUGGCAGGUAAUGAAUUUUAUAGUUUGGAUUUUCAACAGUA